CUUCCCUCCGACUCGUUCGGCAGGGGCGGGGCGGGCUGCUGGUCGGUCUCGUCGAAGCCUGGCAGGAUGUGGGGCCGCCAGCUGCUGCGUCUGUGCACCGGGGCCCGCUGCCUGCCAAAGAACCUUUCCGAGCACCGACCUUCGUGGCAGCUUAGCUCCAAGCGGAUUUUCCUGGGUUCCCCCCGUCGGCACCACACCACCCCUGCACCGCUAAGUUGUGCCUGGCAGCUGCACAGCGAUCAUCUAGAGCUGAAGUUUGGGGACACCCUCAUGCGCUUCGACUAUGUCUGGCUGCGCGACCACUGCCGCUCCGCCUCCUGCUACAACACCAAGACCAACCAGCGCAGCCUGGACACGGCCAGUGUGAGUGUGGAUUUGUGCAUCAGGCCCAAGACCGUCCGGGUGGAUGACACCACGCUCUUACUCACCUGGCCAGACGGCCACGUGACCAGGUAUGGGCUGGAAUGGCUCCUGGGGAACAGCUACGAAGGGCAGAAGCAGCAGGUCAUGCACCCCCGCAUCCUCUGGAACGCACAGAUCUACCAGGACGCCCAGGUGCCCUCCGUGGACUGCCAGAGCUUCCUGGAAACCAACGAGGGCCUGAAGGCGUUCCUGCAGAACUUCCUCCUUUACGGGAUUGCCUUUGUGGAAAACGUGCCCCCGACCAAAGAAGACACGGAGAUCUUAGCGGAGAGGGUCAGCUUGAUCAGGGAGACAAUCUACGGCAGGAUGUGGCACUUCACCUCUGACUUCUCCCGUGGAGACACAGCCUACACCAAGCUGGCUUUGGACCGCCACACGGACACCACCUACUUCCAGGAGCCCUGCGGCAUCCAGGUGUUCCACUGUCUCCGGCACGAAGGGACGGGUGGUCGGACGUUGCUGGUGGAUGGCUUCUACGCGGCAGAGCAAGUGCUGCAGCGAUCACCUGACGACUUCAAGCUCCUGAGCAGGGUGCCGCUGAAACACGAGUACAUUGAGAACGUCGGGAGUUGCCACAACCACAUGAUCGGGGUGGGGCCUGUCUUGAAUGUUUACCCUUGGAACAACGAGCUCUACCUGAUCAGGUACAACAACUACGACCGAGCUGUGAUCAACACUGUGCCUUACGACAUCGUGCAUCGCUGGUACGCCGCACACCGUGCUCUCACCACCGAACUGAGGAGGGCGGAGAACGAGCUUUGGGUCAAGUUGAAACCUGGCAAGGCCCUGUUUGUGGACAACUGGCGCGUGCUGCACGGCCGGGAGUCCUUCACGGGCUACCGCCAGCUUUGCGGCUGCUACCUGACGAGAGAUGACGUCCUGAACACGGCCCGCUUCCUGGGGCUGAAAGCCUAACGUGGCCUGUGGUGCAUAUGGGAUUGGGGGCAGGAAGGUUUGCUGAUCCAGGAACAGGAGAGCAUUUGGUAUACCUCAAGAGACCAGGAGGAGGGGAGGUCCCCGCAACAUUACUUGAUUGUCAGCCACCCACUACCGUUCAUUGACUUUAUUUGUUGUUUGCUCUCCCCUGGAACUGAGCGGACCCUUCUGUGCUCCCUGACUGUCUGGCUCCCUCCGCUUUAAAAGCACAACCUGUCAGCUCAGCUUGAGCAGGAAGGAGUAGCGAGCCGCACCCAGGCCUGCCAAAGCACUCCCAGAUGCCGGAUCCGGCACCUUUUGCUGCCGAAACCGGUGAUAAAACUGGUCUUACCUUGGAGGCACUCUGGACCGCGGGCACCCCAAAGUAUUGCCAAGCACAGCACAGAUAGGUUGUCCUGGAAGCAGGGGAGAGUCUCCGAUCUUGAAUGUCGAACUGCAGGAAACAAGCCUUUCCCGAUCCUUGAACAGCUGCAAGAGUACACACAAGUGCCCCGGAACACUCCUCUUUUGCUUCCUUGGUGAUGCAAGACGAGAGGCUGCUUAAUGCCAGGGAUCGGGUGGUGAUCGACAGAGGCCUGAAGAAGCCAAACACCUCCAUUGGGAAACCUCACGGAACCUGUGUUCGGAACCACUCUGCCCCGCUCGUCUGUUCAAUGCAACAUGGUUGCGCGUACGUUUUCCCCAGCACUUCUCAGUUCUGUCAGUCACUUGGCAGGAGAAGCAAGAGGGACAUUUCUGCUGGCCUCGAGCACCUCAGUGCUUGGAGACGAGCCUGCCUUCAGAAGCCACUCUCCUGGCAUCCUCAUCGCACCCCUAGGAAGCCUAGAAACAGCAGUCUGUUGGGAUGAAUGACUCUGGAGGUGGAUAGCGCUCUAGUCAACUUGGAAGUUGGCAGCGGCUGUUGAAAAGGAAGCAAUUAUCCGCCACUGAUUGCAACAACAGAAAUAUUUCAAGCAGCAGCUGGAGACCCUCUGUGCUGGCCUCGGAGCUGAAGGGCUUAAAACGACUAUUCUGGACUUUGCAACAAUGCUUGCAUUGUGAAUGAGUGAUAACAAUGAAACUGUGGGUGUCUGGGCGCAUUGAGCUCCCGGGUGCAUUUAGAGUCAAAUGACUUGAAAGGGAUAGUAAAAGUAUUUUUAAUUGCAUGCGGACAGGAGGCAUCGCAGAGUAGACCUGUGGUGUCAAAAGAGGUUGUAAAAUUCAUCUGUGGAUAGGACCUUGCUCCCUGAGCAGAGCUGGGCGUGAUUAUUGGCUGAUUCCAUUCCCAGCAUCUUGGCUGGAUGGGAUCAGCGUCCUUCCUUAGACUGUGGGACUAGUGGGAAUUCUCUAGUGCAGUGGUGGCGAACCUAUGGCACUCUCUGUGGGCACGCAUGCCGUCGCCCCAGCC